AUGGCUGCUACUGCUACUGCUUGCUGUAGUGCUCUCACUGGAAAGUGUCCCUCAAGCUGUGGAUCGGCUAGUUCCGGGAACCUUGGAGGAUCCUUAAAUACUGGUUCUGCCUGUUUGAAAAAGUGUUAUGAUUACAUUAUGCAUCUCCCUAACGAAGUUAUGAGUAAUCCAAUGGGUGCUGUUAUAUUGCCCAUGAUACAGAAUCUGGAGACCACACUGAAGGCUGGUGCUGUCCCACAAGUUCCACAAUUUAGGCCUCCAGCAGCCCAGCCUCCGCAAACUGUGACCACCACAAAUCCUAAUAACAAAGCAAAAUCUGAAGAGCAACCAACCAAGGCUGAGGAGCCAAAGACAAUGGAAAAAGCAGUGCCACCUGCUGUCAAACCUACAGGUGACCCUCUUGGGAAUGCCUGGAGCAAGGUGCAGGAGGAGAUAGGCAAAGAAUUCGCCGCAAUAAUGGCAACGGGGACAUUGCGUCCAAGCAAGGCUGCGGCGCUUGCAACAAGAAGAGUUAUGCAAAGAUAUGGGAAUACGAGUGCCGCAAUGCCACAGAGUUAG